CAGGAGGAGUCAGCAUCCAGGACUCGUCUGGGCCCAGCCGGAAUCUGACGACCCAGGAACCAGCUUCCUAUAGGCACUUCCGCCCUGGCUUCCUCAGCACCACUGCGCAUGCCUGGAACGGGUCCUUCCUGGCAGCUGCUGGAGUAUUCCAGGGGAAAGUGACCGAGACCUCCCCUCUCCGAAUAUGAGUGACUGGGUGCCCAUUGCCAAGGAAUAUGACCCGCUUAAAGCUGGCAGCAUUGACGGCACAGAUGAAGACCCACAUGACCGGGCUGUGUGGAGGGCCAUGCUGGCCCGCUACGUACCCAACAAAGGCGUUAUUGGAGACCCCCUUCUUACCCUGUUUGUGGCACGACUCAAUUUGCAGACCAAAGAGGAAAAGUUAAAGGAAGUCUUCUCCCGCUACGGCGACAUCCGGCGGCUGCGGCUGGUUCGGGAUCUAGUGACCGGCUUUUCCAAGGGCUACGCCUUCAUCGAGUACAAGGAGGAGCGGGCCCUGCUGAAGGCCUACCGUGAUGCCGAUGGCUUGGUCAUCGACCAGCACGAGAUAUUCGUGGACUAUGAGCUAGAGCGCACCCUCCGUGGCUGGAUCCCUCGGCGACUGGGUGGAGGGCUGGGUGGGAAAAAGGAAUCUGGGCAGCUGAGAUUCGGGGGCCGGGAUCGGCCUUUCCGAAAGCCCAUCAACUUGCCCGCUGUCAAGAAUGAGCCGCAUAGAGAAGGGAAAAGAGAAAGGAGAGAGCGAUCUCGAUCCCGGGACAGACACUGGGACCCCAGGCCCAGGGAGCGGGACCAUGACAGGGGCCGAGAGAAACGCUGGCAAGAGAGGGAAAUGGCCAGGGUGUGGCCUGAGAAUGAUUGGGAAAGAGAGAGGGAGUUCAGGGAGGACAGGGCUAAAGGCAGGGACAAGAGGGACAGAAGUAAGUAAAGCCAAUGGCAGGCCACAGAAGCCUACCCAGAGGCCCGGGCCGCCAUCAGACUGGGGCAGCUCCCUGUCCAGCCCAGAACACAGGCUCACGCAGACCUAAGAGAGGCUGUGCUUCUGCAGUAUUGAGGAUUGAACUGGAGAGCGUGAGUGUGCCAGGCAGGUGCCCCACUGCGGGGCACAGAUGGGAGGGACACCGCAUGAGAAAUCACCUGUCUGGUGCUUGAACAUGCUUGUCAGCCCAGCUUCCGGAAACGGAGGCCCGAGUAAAGGUGGUAACAAAGAAUCUGUCUUCUUCUUCUCACAGCCUUUGAGGUGGGGUUCAAUGUGGCAGAGGGGAUAGUGGUUUACAGCCCUUAAAUAGCCUGGUGUGGUGGCACACACCCUCAUCCUAGCAAUGGUGAGGCUGAGGCAGGAGGAUUGCAAGUUUGAAGCCAACCUAGGUUACAAGACCCCCAUCUCCAUAACCUACAAGAAUUAGAUGUAACCCUGACAUUGACCCCUGGGAGGCAGGGCCCCAUCUUCAUGUUCAAAGUUUGCUGAAUUGAAAUAAAACAGAUUAGAAAAGCCAAUUUCAAGGAGAAUUGUCCAGCAGGCUGAGCAACUGGGUUGGCAGGCAGCUGCUCUCAAAUCGGCACCAUCCCUUCCCUACUAAAAUGCUGACUGCCUGCUUUCGCCUGGGGCAUUUACAAGGAAAGGCAGCCUAGCAGGGCUAUGAUCUGUGGCUGACUUUCAGCCACUGGAAGGAAACCUCAACAGCAGUGAGGUGAAAGAAUGGGAGGACACAGUCCUAGACUGCCUGGAGCUGGUCAAGGGUCAGCGGUCCCUUUUUCUGACUAUCUGCAUUCCGGUUUGCUGGGCGGCAGGGGGUCCUGUGAACUUGAAGUGAAUUAAAGACUGCUCU